AUGAAAAGGACUUUGAACAGAAUGACUAAGAUAACACCAAAUAAGUAUUUCCAGAAGAACACUUCGAAGGAUGUGUGGACGCUCACCAAUGAAUUUGCUGCUUCUGCAGUAGGGAAGAGCGAGGGACGAGAGUUGAUCAAUUUAGGACAGGGUUUCUUCUCGUACUCACCACCGCAAUUUGCCAUUAAUGCAGCCAAGUCUGCCCUAGACGUGCCCUUGGUGAACCAGUACUCCCCUACAAGAGGUAGACCAUCCUUGAUUAAGUCUUUGGUCGAGUUGUACAAGCCUGUUUUUGGAGACUUCAUAGACAACCAGAAUGUGCUGGUCACAACAGGUGCCAACGAAGGUAUACUUUCGUGUCUCAUGGGUAUUUUGAAUGCCGGCGAUGAGGUUAUUGUUUUUGAACCUUUCUUUGACCAGUACAUCCCAAACAUAGAACUAUGUGGUGGUGUCGUGCGCUAUGUGCCUAUUCAUCCUCCUAAGGAAAUGAAGACACGCAACACUACUGGUGAUGAAUGGCAAAUUGAUUGGGAUGCAUUAGAGAAGACCUUUAAUAACAAGACUAAAGCUGUGAUUAUCAACACUCCUCAUAACCCGAUCGGUAAAGUGUUCACAGAGCAAGAAUUGACUAAAUUAGCCCAGCUUUGUGUUGAACAUAACACUGUGGUAAUUUCGGAUGAAGUUUAUGAGCAUUUAUACUUCACUGAGAGUUUCCCAAGGAUUGCAAAUAUUAAUGAGGACAUCGCUAACUUGACCUUAACUGUGGGAUCUGCAGGCAAAUCUUUUGCCGCUACAGGCUGGAGAAUUGGUUGGAUUAUUUCAAAAAACGACCAACUGCUGAACUAUGUUUCAAAAGCUCAUACCAGAAUUUGCUUUGCGUCACCAUCGCCAUUACAGGAGGCUUGUGCUGGCUCUAUUGAACACGCUUUGAAGAUCGAUUACUUUCCUAAGAUGAGAGAAGAGUAUAGGAAGAAAUUCGAAAUUUUAACCACUGCAUUUGAUAAAUUGGGUCUUAACUAUACACAGCCAGAAGGUACUUAUUUCAUUCUUGUAGAUUUCUCAAAGGUUAAGAUACCAGAGGACUACGUCUACCCAGAAGAAUUGUUGGAGAAGGCAAAGGACUUCAGAAUUUCAUACUGGCUAAUCAAUGAAAUUGGAAUUGUAGCUAUCCCACCCACAGAAUUCUACAUUAAAGAACACGAGAAAGAUGCCGAAACUUUGCUGAGGUUUGCUGUAUGCAAAGAAGAUGAAUAUUUAGCUAAAGCUGCUGAGAGAUUCCAACUCCUAAAAGAUUAUUUAUGA